AUGAAUCAGUUGGGCCUAUGGAAGAAAUUAUGGAGAUGCUGGAUUCAACCAAAAAUUAGAUACUUCGUCUGGCGAAUUUGUCAUGGAACCCUUCCAUGCAGCGAUAACUUAAUGAAGCGACCUGUUCCGGUGUUAAACCAUUGUCCUUGGUGUGUUUCGGAAAAGGAAACUGACCUCCACGCUCUCAGUGAAUGCGAAGAAGUAAGGGGUCUUUGGCUGCUGUCACUUCAAGGACUGCGAGUUCGUGAUUAUCAAAUUCCUUCGAUGGUAGAUUGGUUAAACAUUAUGUUCUCAGCUCCAAAAAAUGAAAAGAUCCAAAAUUUCAUAACUAGCAUAGGUGGUAGAGAGUCUCAGUUAGAUCGCUCCCCUCGACUUCUUGAGGUCUAUUCUUGGCAAGCUCCACCCCGCAACACUAUUAAGAUUAAUUUUGAUGUUGUUGUUGCUGCUCAUAAGAUUUUAUCUGUUGCUGCUGCGGUUUGCCGUAAUGAUCUUGGUGUUGUGAUAAAGUAUGGUGUUUCUAUGUUUCAUGGAGUGGUGGAUGCAAAACUGGAUGAAGCACAAACAGUUCUUUUCGGGCUGCAGCUAGCUGAACAGUUCUCUGAACAUAUGUUAGUCGUGGAAUUUGAUGCUCUAUUGCUUAUCGUGGAUGAUUGCAUGGAUAUUGUUAAAGAUAGGGUUGUUGUUUUCCAACAUAUUCAUAGAAAUGAUAAUGUUGUUACCCAUGCCCUUCCUAAAUGCGGUAUUUUCUAUGGCAGAUCUCGUAUUUUUGAUGGUGAAAUUUCUUUCUCGGUCAAUAAGCUUGUAACUGAUGUUCCUUAG